ACAUCUGUAAUUCCACUGUCAGAUUCCUUCGCUGUGGAAAUCUUUCUCCGCGAGACACACGUGAAGUGCGAGUGCCGCGGUUUUCCCUAAAAGUAUUUCGUCAAGUGCGGUUAUCAGCCUUUUAGCGCAGUAAGAUCGUGUCUUUAGUCUUUAUUUCCUAUUGUUAGUGUAGUUCGUGAGUAAGGAAACGGAAAAAACGAAACCAGCAAAAUGCCUUCUGAUGCGAAGAAACGAGAACAACAACGCAAGAAAGAUGCUCGUAACAAGAAGAUCGCUAGUGUCUCGUCAUCAAAGAAGAUUCCCGACGCCAAGCAGAAUGGUGUCAAUGGGACUGCUGUUGAAAUGACCGAAGAAGAGAAAUUAUGUGCGAAAUUGGAAGAAGAAGCACGCAUUAGUGCGGCUGCUCGAGCCUGCACUGGCUCACUGGCCGUGCAUCCUCGUUCUCGAGAUAUUAAAAUUGCCAAUUUUUCAAUCACCUUUUUCGGAAGCGAACUGCUACAAGAUACCAUGCUUGAAUUGAAUUGCGGCCGACGUUACGGUUUAAUUGGAUUGAAUGGAUGUGGAAAAUCUUCAUUGUUGUCUGUAUUGGGUAAUCGGGAAGUACCAAUCCCGGAGCAUAUUGAUAUCUUCCAUCUAACACGAGAAAUCCCUGCAAGCACAAAGACAGCCUUACAAUGUGUAAUGGAAGUCGAUGAGGAACGUAUUAAACUAGAAAAAUUGGCCGAUGAGUUGAUCACGAAUGAAGACGAUGAAUCUCAAGAGCAAUUGAUGGACAUUUACGAACGGUUGGAUGAUAUGGCCGCGGAUCAAGCAGAAGCAAAAGCCGCACGUAUUUUACAUGGUUUGGGAUUCACCAAGGAAAUGCAACAGAAACAAGCAAAAGACUUUUCAGGAGGCUGGCGAAUGCGUAUUGCAUUGGCACGUGCCUUGUAUGUUAAACCGCAUCUUCUACUUCUUGACGAGCCAACAAACCACUUGGAUUUAGACGCUUGCGUAUGGCUUGAGGAAGAACUAAAAACAUACAAACGUAUUCUAGUUUUGAUUUCACACUCUCAAGAUUUCUUGAACGGUGUUUGCACGAAUAUCAUUCACAUGACUAAGAAACGGUUGAAAUACUACACCGGCAACUAUGAGGCUUUCGUGCGAACUCGUAUGGAACUUUUGGAAAAUCAAAUGAAACAAUACAAUUGGGAACAGGAUCAAAUCGCUCACAUGAAGAACUAUAUUGCUCGAUUCGGUCACGGUUCAGCCAAAUUGGCACGUCAAGCACAAUCCAAGGAGAAAACAUUAGCGAAAAUGGUGGCACAAGGUCUCACGGAGAAAGUAAUCGAUGAUAAAACGUUAAAUUUCUAUUUUCCAUCAUGCGGUACAAUUCCACCGCCAGUUAUUAUGGUUCAGAAUGUUAGUUUCAGCUACAACGAAAACAGUCCACCAAUUUAUAAAAAUUUAGAAUUCGGUAUCGAUUUGGACACACGAUUGGCGUUGGUCGGUCCGAAUGGUGCCGGAAAGAGUACCCUAUUGAAAUUGCUCUACGGAGAUUUAGUGCCUACAGCGGGAAUGAUACGUAAGAAUUCUCACUUGCGGAUUGCUCGAUACCAUCAACACUUGCACGAAUUACUGGAUUUGGAUGCAAGCCCAUUGGAAUAUAUGAUGCGGGCGUUCCCGGAAGUGAAAGAAAAAGAAGAAAUGCGCAAAAUUAUCGGACGAUAUGGCCUGACUGGACGGCAGCAAGUUUGUCCGAUUCGUCAGUUGUCGGAUGGUCAAAGAUGUCGGGUGGUGUUUGCGUGGUUGGCUUGGCAAGUUCCGCAUUUGCUGUUACUUGAUGAACCUACAAAUCAUUUGGAUAUGGAAACAAUUGACGCUCUGGCCGAUGCUAUCAAUGAUUUUGAAGGUGGAAUGGUGCUAGUUAGUCACGAUUUCAGGUUGAUCAAUCAGGUGGCGGAAGAAAUCUGGAUUUGCGAGAACCAAACAGUUACUAAGUGGAACGGAAACAUCUUGGACUACAAAGACCAUCUUAAAUCGAAAAUUAGCAAAGACAAUGCAACAAAAGAAGAACGGAAGAAGAAAUAAUGGAAAGUUUCUAUGGAAAUCGUGUAAUUUAGAAGUAUAUGCAUCCUAUCUAUUAUGAAAUUCAAUUAAAUCUAGCUAAAACAAAAAUAGUCUUUAAAACUUCUAUUUAAAUUGGUAUUUCACGUAAACAGUAAACAAGCAACACAGACUCAAUGUAGUAACAAUAUUUGACUGCAAACAAAUUGUUCAAUUCAUCCAAAGAAACAGCAAUAAAAAUCGUAAUCGUUCAGAGUAAAAAUCUGUAGCCAAGUUGAAAGAAAGUGAAUAUCAACGCUAAUGGACGAAUGUGAUUUUAAAAUGUAUAAGUGAUGAAAGCAGUCCACGCGGAGUGUCUUGCGCGAUAGCAGAUUCUCACGGAAAACAAGCGAACUUGAAUUUGACUACGUUUCCACAACUAACUAGCGACCUUCGCGUUUUUCCUUGUUUUGUAUUCAGCAUUAAGAGAUAUUCUCUGAUUACUUGCUAAGCGAGGGUAAACUUUGUUUCGAAUUGGAUAAUUCUAUUUACGUAACAUUAGUCCAGUAUCUGACAUUUCGCUUUACUGGUGAAUUUUAAGGGUACAUACGAGCAUAUAUUUUUUAAAGAAAAAUUCACCUUUUUGAACGCAAGUUCUUUUUAAAACAUUACAUGCACAUUUGUACUGUGAAUAUCGAUUUUUUUUUAUUUUCCAAUUUUAUGAUAUUAAACAUUUGAAUGGCUAGCAACUGUGUUAGAUUCGAGAAAAGAAUUCUAGACUUUAGCAUAACUAGCAAACUAAUUCGAUGUACUUUAGGAGAAAAAAUGUUUAGGGCAGUUUUAUAUAAUGUAAACAUAUUUUGAAUAUCCGUUAUGAUGCUUAUUGUGACAAAUUUCAAUUGAAACUCGAAAAAAAAACUAAAAAAGAAACCAGAAAAAUAUAAACAAUUGAUUUUGAGCAGUUUGCAAUGAGCGAAAUUGUUAAUGAAAGUGUAUGCUAUGAACAACGUUACUGAACCGAUGAAAAUUGUAUUGAAAUUAAAAGUGCAGAGAAAAGAAUGGAAACACGGA